GACCCAACUUCCAUACUUCCAUACUUCCAUACUUCUUCUUCUCCCUUCCAUCCUGCCAGCUAUAACAACCCCACUUCUUUUCCUGUAUAAACCCGCCAUCGCACCCCAUCGUGUCCAACCACGGCUGAAUUGUAUACCACUGGACCACCGAUUGGUCGAACCAUACAAUUGUCUUUCCUUCCCCUUUCCCAAACAACGAAUCACUCCGUCCCCUCCGCAAGCGUCAUAGACUUCUUUCCUCCCUUCCAUCCUUCUGGCGCUUUUCCUUUCUAGGAAUCUUCCCAAACUUGAAUCUACUACGGUCGUCUCCCGAAGACCUCAACAUCUAUUGCUCGAUUAUCACCUCACUGUUCGAUCCACCAUGUUGUCCGCCGGGGAACGCAUCCAGCCGCCUCGCAAUAAUGCCGCGGCAGUCACAGGCGCCUUGAAUCAGUCGUCUGCCUCCAUGCUCGGAUUGGCCGCGCACAGGGCUCCCACACAGCACAUCUGGGUCGUCACCGGCCCAGCCGGCUGUGGGAAGAGCACCGUCGGAAAGGGGAUCCAUCAGGAUCUAGGGAUACCGUUCUUAGAGGGUGACGACUUCCACACCAAAUCCAACAAAGAAAAAAUGAGCUCCGGCACGCCCCUCACAGACGCAGACAGAUGGGACUGGCUCAUCUCGCUCCGCCAAGCAGCCAUCGACGCGCUCUCGCCCUCCGAAUCCAACAACUUCCACCCGCCCGCCGGCGUCGUCGUCGCCUGCUCCGCCCUCAAGCGCAAGUACCGCGACGUCAUGCGCGUCGCCGCCUACGGCGCCCCCAACGUCCAGAUCCACUUCGUGUACCUGCGUCUCGACGAGGAUGCCCUCUUCCGCCGGGUGACUCAGCGCCAGGCUCACUACAUGAAGAGCAGUAUGGUGCAGUCGCAGCUGAAGGAUCUGGAGGAGCCCGAGGGCGAGUGGGAUGCGAUGACUGUUGAUGCCGAUGUUGCGCCGGAGGUGGUAAAGGAGGAGGUGAGGAGCUUGGUGAGGGGGAAGGUGGCGGAAUUUGAGUGACCUUCCUUUCAUCUUCUUCCUCU